AUGGUAAAAUCAUCGUCUGGGCGCGCAAAAUCGCCGCAAAGGGCGACAAAACCGGCAGAUGGUGGGCCUACUACCCGAAGGAGUUCCAGACUCCUCUCCAAGUCGCCAGUUGGAUCUCCCACGCUAAGGCCGUCCAAGAGGAACUUGGAAAAUCCAAAUGACCGUUCUGAUUCGACAUUUCCGGCUAAAGGAAGAAGUGAUAAGCAAAGGAGGGGAACGUCAAAGUCUCCAGUUAUACGUGCAAAACAACAAGAUGUCACUCCAGAAACAAUCUCUCUAGAUGUGUCUCUUCGGAUUGUACCAGCAGAUCCAUCAGAAGGAGAUAUGGAUCCAGGAAAACGGUAUUUGGAUGUACUGAGGGAUAACCUAGAAACAACAGCUCUUACUAGUACAUACAAGGCGGAAAAUAACGGAGUCGGAGAUAAAAAAAUAGAAAAAAAUUCACAGACCGCGGAUAUACCUGUGAAUUGUCCAUAUUUGGGUACAAUAAAUCGCCACCUGCUAGACUUUGAUUUUGAAAAAAUCUGCUCCAUUAGCCUUUCGAAUAAGCACGUCUAUGCCUGUCUGAUUUGCGGGAAAUAUUUUCAAGGAAGAGGGAAAAAUACCCAUUGCUAUACACAUGCACUGGAGGAAGGUCACUAUUUAUUCAUGAACCUUGAGGAUUGCACAGUUUACUGCUUGCCAGAAAAUUACAGGGUUGAUGAUGCCUCAUUAAAUGAUAUAAAGGACUUUUUAAAACCGAAAUUCACAAAAUCAGACGUGGAAAAGAUUUCAAAGGAAGUGCUAUACGGUAAAGCUUUAGAUGGAACAGACUUUAUUCCUGGAUGUAUUGGCCUAAAUAACCUCAAAAACACGGAUUUCUUUAAUGUAAUUAUACAGAUGUUUUGUUGUAUCGUUCCAUUGAGAAACAAAUUGCUUCUGAUGGAUGUUGAACGUGUUCAACCACCGGAUGCGGUUUUGAGUACUUUGGUCGAGUUGGUUAGAAAAAAUUUUAAUCCGCACAACUUCAAGGGGAUUGUAUCUCCUCAUGAGUUUUUACAAGCCGUUGGAGUAUCUUCAUCUGGCUUGUACAAGAUUGGCAUCCAGGGAGAUCCUGUGGCAUUGUUAUCAUGGCUACUUAACAGGCUUCACGUUAGACUUCAUAAGAAGCAUACCAAAGGUACGUUGAAUGUGAUGUCGUUUGGAUAG